GUGUUUAUGUUGGAGAGAGAGAGGGUAGGAGGUGUCGCUGCUGGUUUAUCACCUGCCGUUUUAUUUAGGUUGGGUUAAAAUGUUUCCUAAUGAUUUAUGAUUUUUGUUCGUUUAUUACCUGCACUAGGUUCUGAAACAAGUAGUCCAUUUUUCGUUUUAUUUACUCGGUGUGCAGCGUGCCCACCGUAGCUAUUACGACAAGUUGAACUUGUCAUCGUGUUUUUUUUUUGUUUUUGGUUUUUACUGAGAUGACAAACGCGUUUUAAGUUCUAGUAUGUUUUCUGCAGGAUUGUGAAAGACAAACGUUACUCCUUGCAAAGUAAAGACUGUUGUAAGUUUUCAUUCUUUUAUCACACGAGAAGAAAUGCUGAUUUUAUAUUAAUGUUAAUUCUCCAGUUAAUACAUAACACAUUAAAAUCAAAGAGGAUUCUGCUACUCGAGUCUCAAGCUAACAGUCAGUGAAGAUGGACGUCAUUGUCUCCGUGUCGUUCUUUCAAGACGAGCUCGCCUCUACCAUCGAGCACGCAGUGAAAGCGGCUGUAGACACCGUCUUGUGCCAAAUCACAAAAGUUGUCGGCGGCAAAUUCACUGAAUUCCGAAUGGAAAUGGCUGGAAAGGAGAAAGAGAAUGAAAGUCUGAAGCUGAGAUUGGAAAUAUCAGAGAGCGAGUUGAAAGCAGUGCGGGAAUGCAUGAACGCUGCAGAUGCAGACAUUAAACAACCUCUCAGAAACAUGAACCCCGACUGCAAUGAACAAGACUUUCAGAGGAACGAGAACCAGGGAUUAUUUCAAGAUCCCACAGAGAGCCAUGCUGUGCCUAAAUCUGAAGCACAGGAGGGUCCAAGGAUAGAAUCAGUUUACACACAAGAGGAGUCCUUUGACCAGGAGUGGUGUGCAAGUCUAAAUCAGGUUACAGAGCUGACAUGUGUUAAAGAUGAAGAGGUCCCUCGACUGGAAUGUGUUCCUAUUAAAGAGGAAUUCAUAGAACAGGAAUGUGUCCCCAUCGCAGAGGAAGUUCCUACUGAAAAUAAUGUCUGUACACUUGAGGAGAACAACAAGCUGGGAUCCAGCCUGUGUGAUGGUUGUCCACCUGAAUGUGAACUGGGAUUUAGAGCUGCUAAAGGAAAUCUCUCAGGAGGGAGUCCAUUUCCCCGUGCUGAGUGUGGGAAGAGUUUCAGUCGUUUAUCACAGCUUAAAAUCCACCAGGUCAUUCACACAGGAGAGAAACCUCAUCAGUGUUCUGAGUGUGGGAAGAGUUUCAGUCAUUUAUCACAGCUUAAAAUCCACCAGCGCAUUCACAAAGGAGAGAAACCUUAUCACUGUUCUGAAUGUCGGAAGAGAUUCACGCAGUUACAAAAUCUUAAAACACACCAGCGUGUUCACACAGGAGUGAAACCUUACCACUGCACUGAGUGUGGGAAGAGAUUCACACAGUUCGGAAAUCUUCAAUCGCACCAGCGCAGUCACACAGGAGAGAAACCUCAUCAGUGUUCUGAGUGUAGGAAGAGUUUCAGUCGUUUAUCGCACCUUAAAGUCCACCAGCGCAUUCACACAGGAGAGAAACCUCAUCACUGUCCUGAAUGUAGGAUGAGUUUCACCUAUCUAAAUUCCUUGAAAGUCCACCAGCGGACUCACCUAAAAGAAAAAUAUCUUCUCAAUGUACUGACUGUUUGAAGAGUUUACGUUAGUUAACAAACCUUAAAAGACGCCAUGAAAUGCUGUGACACGGGUGGCGGUGACGUCAGACCAGAAACACAAACCAAAACAAGGACUGGCGGGGCAAACUGAGAGACUAUGGCACCCAAUACUUUAUUUAAAUAAACACAAAUAAAAGGUUGGCGUUGGCCAAUCAAGUAAACAGCAACAAAUAGUAUCGUGCUCAUUAAAAACCAACACGUCUAGCUAUUGUUAUCUUUUUAAUAAUUUUACCUCCUGUCUCCACUCUUGUUCUCCACUCUGCAGGUCUCUUUAUAUUCUGGCCGAGGGGUUAACUAGCUGUUAAUUAUCUUAUUACCCCUCGGCCACAGUCUGCACGAGUUUAGUAAGGAUGCGUGACUGACAGCUAGUUAAAUAAUCAGUAGCUGAUCAGUCACGCAUCCUCACAAGGUUUUUAAAAUACAAACAACAACAGAUAAUGACGGCAGCUUUUCAUCCACGCCGCAAACAAUAAUAAUAAUUCAAUAAAUCAUAACAAAAUUGUGAUGGGGUGCAGCCUAUUUUGUGGUGGUUCUGUGUUUUUUGUAUUGUUUAGAGUGGAUGUGAGUGAGUUUGGGGUGUGGUUCAGUGAGUAUGUGUGGAAUGUGCCUGGGCUAAUGAGGUGCGAAUUGCCCAAUUAGCCCAGGCACUUGUAUAAAAGGGAGUGGUUGGGUAUGUUAGUAGGUGAGUGUGUGUGAGAGAGAGAGAGAGAGAGAGAGAGAGAGAGAGAGAGAGAGAGAGAGAGAGAGAGAGAGAGGAGAGAGGAGAGAGAGAGAGAGAGAGAGAGAGAGAGA